AUGGACUUCUUAAAGGAGAAAGUCCGAGUGAAUCCUGAUAUCCUCUCAUACCUCAAAAUUCCUGUCGUAUUUUACCCCGAGUCCACGAACUCCGGUAUAUCUGGGAAGAAUAUCGAAGGAGACAAGUAUGCUGCUACUGUUUGGACUGUAAUAGAGCGCUUCGGAGGAGUCCGCGUUCGCGAAGGGCUUGAUGGUGUAAAGGUAAAUGUUCUGUACAACAUCAUGACCAUUGGAGUCGACAAGCACGAAAUGUUUGUCUAUUUGUUGUUGUGGUUCGAGAAGACGGAAACACCCAAUCGCUAUAAGACAACCGCUACUGAAGAUUGGCUGCUCCGGGGUAUCCAAAAGUUCGUCACGUUCAGCACUACUGACCCCGUCAAUUUGCCGGUUCCAUCUCCAGCCUUACAUGCCGCAUGUGCCCGGGUUGUCCUUCUCUCAAUCGCAGGAGAGUACAUUGAUAAGAUCUUCAGCGGAUACGCGGUACUGGCUAAUAACGGGUCGUCUGCCGAAGUUCAGCGAUAUGCGCUAGCGUCAUCCCUGUCCUCGGAUGUUACGGUAAAUUGA